GUCAUCGAUCACGUGACCACUGAAGGAGGAAACCUGCCGGCCUCCGAUUCAGCGCAUGUUUCGGGUCUUCGGUCCAAGAGUCCAUUAACAUCUGGAUACCACUUCUCGUUACSUAGUUGUGCUAUUAAGACUUUUAUUUUAUUUUUGUUUAUACGCUGGAGAUUCAGACGCAAUUAGAAACAGAAAAGCGAACCCUACCCACGAAGAAACAGCCUCGUURUUUGCAGCAGGCGGGCUAAUCUCGGCUAAUAAUUAGCUAGCAGCAGUGAACUUCCACUGUAGGAUGUCGUACAGGAAAACUUUUAAACUUAUUUGUGGUUUUACUGGAGGCUCGGCCCUCUUGGUGUUCGGGGCUUCCGUAGCCAACUCUCGGGGAUGCUUCGGGGAGCACCGCGGAGAAGGGSCCGGAUGGUGGUCCAGGCUGACCGUCGUCCAGGCUGCUCAGCCGGCUUGGACACCUGCCACACACACCCCAGUUCCGACUGGACAGUCCUGGGACUCCAACUGGGACAAGAGAGAACCGUCUGUGCUGUCCAACGGAAAGAAGAGGGAGAGCAUUUCUGAAGACCCCAGCUCUGAACAGGACAGCAGCAAACCCAAAGCCACGCGUCACAUUUUCCUCAUCAGACACUCCCAGUAUAACCUGAGUGGAAGCAGCGACAAGGAGAGAAUCCUCACACCCUUAGGUCGGGAGCAGGCUGAAUUGACAGGUCGAAGGUUAGCAGCGCUGGGUUUGAAAUACGAUGUUCUGAUCCACUCCAGCAUGGCCAGGGCCACUGAAACGGCACAGAUCAUCAGCAAACACCUCCCAGGAUUGGAGCUGGUGAGCUGCGACCUGCUGAGGGAGGGGGCGCCCAUUGAACCGGUCCCACCCGUCACCCACUGGAAACCUGACGCUGUGCAGUACCACGAAGAUGGAGCUCGCAUUGAGGCUGCUUUCCGCCGCUACAUCCACCGGGCUGACCCCAAGCAGAAGGAGGACAGCUAUGAGAUCAUCGUGUGUCAUGCCAAUGUCAUCCGUUAUUUUGUGUGCAGGGCUCUCCAGUUCCCCCCAGAGGGCUGGCUGCGUAUGGGUUUGCAUAACGGCAGCAUCACCUGGCUCACCAUCCGCCCAAGUGGCAGGGUGGGCCUCCGGACUCUGGGAGACGCAGGGUUUAUGCCCCCAGACAAACUGAGCCGGACCUGAUGGCCCGGCUCAGCAGCGCUUUCUGGAACAGAGUCGGCUACAGACUCAGCUCAGUUCUUUCCUUAAGUGUCUUGAAAAUAACUUGAUAUUUAUUUUAUUACAGAAACAUCAUGUUAUCAGAUUGUGAGUUUACUCCAGUGCCGUCAGCAACACAGCAACUUCUGAAUGUAAUUUAUAAUUUGUACAAGUGACUGAUUUUUAAGCCAAACGAGUCUAUUUGUGGAGCUACAUGUUAGCCAAGUCCCUCAAAGGGUUAUUUUUUGUCACGUAGUUGUGGUAAAUAAACAAGUAUGACUCAAGUUUGUUUUUUUUAAUGUUCGUACACAAAAUCAGAGAAAUACAAGUAAACACAGCCGUCAUGUUGGAGUGAUGAUUUAUUUAGUUGAAAGCAAAAUCAGUUUAGACAUAGUAAGGAUUCACCUAUUAGGUUUAUUUUUAAUAAAGCACUAAAAAGCA